AGGCGGUUAGUCGUCCGGGCCCCUCUCCCCUGCCCGCGCCGCUUUAAGCGAAAUGGGACGCCUUGAAACCUCCGUGUUUGUAUCUUGAAAUUGCAAGCGGAGUUGAGCACCAUAUUGAAUCAAAGUUGCCAACUCCUUGACAAAUGUUUUUGUAACUUUCGGACUUCAAACGCCCAGCGGCUAUCCGAGCGGAGAGCGAAAACGACCGGGAAAAACAUCCGGCGUUGAAUGGACCGGCCCGUAGGCGACUUGUUGCCGUCGUUUUUUUCCCCCGGCGCCUUUUAGGUUGUGUUUUUUUAAGACUAAGUUCAUGCAGCACCGAGUCGGCGAACUAUCCCCAACUUUAAAGUGUGAGGUCAGCACUCUGGACCAGACCUGGAUGUGAUGGACAAUUCGUCCUCAAUCAUCACCCAAGUCAGCCGGGAUGAAGAGGGAAGUAAAUCUGCAGGAGAGAGGGGUUCUUCCCCCUGUCUGUCCUCCAAGAAGCCCCGGAGCCGAGGCCUCUUCUCCAGCCUGUUUUGCUGCGUGUGCCGGGAGCCGUCGGAACCCCAGCCGGUCAACAACAACGCCCCCCUCUUAGUGGAGGAGAAUGGAACGGUCUCCAAGAUCCAGGCCAAACCGCUGCUGCCUCCGGUCAAGUCGAAAGACGCCGGAAAGAUCUGCGUGGUCAUCGACCUGGACGAGACGCUGGUUCACAGCUCUUUUAAGCCCGUGAACAACGCGGAUUUCAUCAUUCCCGUGGAAAUAGACGGCACAGUACACCAGGUGUACGUCCUGAAGCGGCCGCACGUGGACGAGUUCCUGAAGCGGAUGGGGGAGCUCUUCGAGUGCGUCCUGUUCACCGCCAGUUUAGCCAAGUAUGCAGACCCGGUCUCCGAUCUCCUGGACAAGUGGGGGGCGUUCCGCUGCCGCCUCUUCCGGGAGUCCUGCGUCUUCCACCGGGGGAACUACGUCAAGGACCUGAGCCGCCUGGGCCGCGACCUCAACAAAGUCAUCAUCGUGGACAACUCGCCCGCCUCCUACAUCUUCCACCCCGACAACGCAGUACCCGUGGCCUCGUGGUUCGACGACAUGUCCGACACCGAGCUGCUGGACCUCAUCCCGUUCUUCGAGAGGCUGAGCAAAGUGGACAGCGUCUACACGGUCCUCAAGCACCAAGGGACCGCCAGCUAACGGCGCCCGCCAAACCCCCCCCCCAACCCCCUCAUCUCAGCUCCGAACAAAAACGGCGUACACACACGAAAGCGAGGCUCCGUCUCCAGCGAUCACUGCCCAACACACACACACACACACACACACACACACACAGGCUGCUUCACGGCUAAAACCAGCCAUGCCCUCUCGCCCCCCCACGUCCCCCCACCCCUCAUAUCCUCCACCUUCAUUUUUAGGGCGCCUUCAGUGACUUUGACAGUGUUAACGCUGCCACCCGCUGGUCACCCAGGGCAACUGACGCAACUGAGUGCGAACGGAUGAGAGGAUGAGUAAAAAAAAAAAAAAAGUCUAAUGACGCGUCCACAGCAUAAAAUGAACUGGCAGGCAGAGGCGUCGAGCCACGGGGGCCCCCCUCCGGAUACAGACCGGGUACUGGACGCUGACUUCUCCAAGGUCCGAUCCCGAUUGUAAGCGCUAAUUUUAUCGAAUGGGGGAAUCUUUUUAUCGGAACGGUUUACGUGCAAACGCAGUCGGUCGGCCAUUGGAAAACGCAGAUGGGUGUACAUGUACUGUAGAUUGUAAAUGUCUUUUAAACAUUUUUGGAAUCACAUUAUCAUUUUCGCACGCCCUAAUUUUGCCGAGUGUCACUAUUUGUCUAAAGUGAAGCGGAUUGGUAUCAUUUUUUUUUUGUUGAGAUUUUAGAGCUAUGUGAUCAGGUAUUUUUUAAAUAAUCGCGACAGUGUUAUUGAUGAAUCAGAUUCCGCCGGGGCUGUAGUGUCAAAAUAUAAUCAGGACAUGUGGAGAUGACUUAUAAGGAAAUAAUUGGAGAGCACUUUACAGGUCGGAGGUGUCAACCGUAGUGCGAAUACCUCUGUCACUACAGUGAGUAAGUUGAUUUUCAUACUUCGGCUUAGAAAAAUAGAUCCUCCAUUUGGGAUGUUGACAUUAGCGUCAAAUGAAUCAAUUUGUGUUUUUGCUGGAGAAGACAACACGGCUCUACUUUUUAGACCCCCCCCCCUUUUUUGUUUUGUUUUGAUCUGCUCCAUAAAACGGUGAACCAGGUUAUAGAAUCAAAGCCCCCAGACAGUAGCGUUUUUUUUCCCUCCAAACCUGAUGCUAGCGUGUCGCUAUCCAAUCAGGUCGGACGCACAAUUAGACACCGUCGGUGUCUAUGUGGACGCAGUGACCAGUUGGUUCCGGAGUUAAGAGGACCAGGAUUUAAUCCCUGCCCCCCCCCCAAAAAAAAUCUCGAUAUAUCUGACUCGUUUUAAAAGGCUACGCACAAACCUUGUAUUCUUUACUGCAUUUUACAGAUUUUCUCAGUCAAGGUUAUCUUUUGCCUCCCUAAGCGGUACCUGUGAAAAGGCAGUUCAAUCCAGUCCAUAUUCGAGGGACAAGUCCUCCCUGAAACUUGACACUAUCUGUGAGCGAGGCGACAGCAGAGUGCGUUUCUUCCGGAUUGUCUUUAUUUCUUUUUUUUUUUUGUCACCUAAGCGAGAACCUUAGAGGAUAAUUCCAUAUCGUGCAGCUACGUUAGAGCUCAAUAGUUAUAUAAAACAGAAUUUGUAAAUACCACCUUCUCCUCAAGCAUUUAAACAUGGCAUAAAAAAUGUAUUCUUGCCUACCCCGUGAAUGGCAGCAGAAUGCAAGCAGGCGGGGGUUUAGGGUGGAAUUUUCCUUUUUCUAAUCUCACGCUUUGAGAUCUUUUGUUUGUUGUCCGUUUCUCUCUUCAUACGAAUGUUUGUCGUCGUCAGAAAAAGAGCAACACGGUGGCCAACAGCCUUGUUAUCUCCCUCGUUUGCGUUGACAAUACCUUGUGUCGACACAUGAAUGAAAAAAAAAAGAUGGUGGGUUUGACUAAGAGCCUGGAUCGCAGGCUUGUUUUGGAGCAGGGACGUAAUUAAAUCCACCACUUUUAAGAGCUAUUGCCUUAUUUUUCUAUGUUAACUGAGUUCUUGUCAAUCAAAUUAGUCUUUUAAAAAGAAAUAAACAAAAAAAAAAAUGUCGAUACCGAUUUUUAUCUCUUCUUUUGCCCACGAUUGGUCCUUCGAUAUAAUAUUUAGAGCAUGUUUUCCAACCGGAAAUGUUGCUCUUGCUGUUUUUCACACAAGACCCGGUUGGAUAACUAACGUGUUAACCGGCAGAAUAAGGAUCAGAAACACCAGCAAAUGAAAAUAUAGCAUCUUACUGUUGUAGGCACAUAACAGGGUAACAGUUAUGAAUUGUGUAUUUGAUUCAAGCCAUCACCACAUGUUUCAGUUAGAUUCAGUUCUGAUGCUGUUUCAGAUCCAUUGAUAAUAAGGCAUAUUUAUAGGAAAAUUCAGUCAUUCUCUCUUUUGUUGUCAUUUACCAUGAGUAUUGUGUCACUGUGGGGGCCCAUUUGCUGAUACUGUACUUCUUACACAUUCAGUAGAUAUGUAUAUGUUGUUUUGCACAGUAAUAAAGCAAGCAAAUUUCAUUAAUAUAUGGAAUAUUCAUGUUACUGUACUUAUGAUUCAAUAGAUGUAACCUAAUUUUUCGACUUUGUUGUUUUAUCAUACCAAAUAAUGUAUGGACUGUAUGAAAUAAUGCCAUUUUUUCCAUAAAUGCUUAAUGAAAGAUGGUCAAAGUGCUGUUUGAGAAGGCUUUUUUCCCCCCUCAAGUGGACAAGAUUCUAACUUGUCAAUUCUGUGUAUGUACUGAUUUUCUUUUUUCUUUUUUUCUUUUUUUAGAUACACUUAGGGA